UGGCGAUACUGUUUCGGGGUCCAUAAACUGAACAAAUAACAGAAAUUGCGAAUAUUACUGUUAUUCUCGGAUUAAUUUAUUUAUACAGAGUAUUAUUAAUUUGUUUAAAACUAAUCUGUACUUUGUACACAAUAAAAUUCUAUUUACUCUAAAACUACUCUGUAAAAUUACUCUGUGGUUUACAUAUCAAAGUAUAAACCUUUGCAGUCAAAGUCAGGUUAUCCCCGACACGAAUGUUUACCAUUUGUUUACGCAACUCUAUUGACUCGACUUAGUUGUUUUUAGAGAUAAACAAUAACUAUUCGGUUGACUGGAUCGUUGCACGAUCACUUAGAAUGUUUAUAUAUGACGUUUAUGCGUUGUAUAUGUAAAAAAUAAACAUGAUAACUCUGCCAGACCUUCGUAUUUCCUACAUAUAUCCGUAGCAUGAUUACGAUAUUCUUUUGAUGAACAGCACAAAGCUGUAAUUGUAACCUAGUCGUUCUAUUAUUCUUUUCGUAUUAUCUUUCCUCUGUUAUUGCAUAUUUUUGUUGCAAUAUUUUGCAUACCAUUGCUCUGAAAUGCCUAAAAGAAAACAAGAGCGCAAUACAGUUGAAGAUGUACAAAGUAGUGAUGAUGAAUUUUGUACAGUGUAUUUGGAUACAGAUGUCGAAGAUACUUACAACAAUAGUAGUUCUGACACUGGUGGUGACACAGACUGUAUAAAAAAACGUGUAAAGCACUUAGAGAUAUCAAGCGAUAGUGAACUAGAAGACUUUGAAAUAUUUGAGGGAGAAUUGAAAGAAUAUACUGCUUGGCAUGAAGUUACAAGCGAAGACAUAAAUCCUCCAAAGCUAAAUUUCUCACCAGGACCAAAGAAUGUUGGACCACAGACUCCUGAAUCUUGCGUAGAGCCAAUUGAUUUUUUCAAACUGUUUUUCACAGAUGAAUUACUCUCAAAUAUCAUAGAGCAGACGAAUCGAUAUGCCAAUGAGAAAAUUAAAGAGAAAAAUUUGUCUAAACGUUCUAUUUGGAACAAUUGGGUGGAUGUUACCGUAGAGGAGAUGUCAGCAUUCAUAGGAGUUAUAUUAAACAUGGGUAUCAUCAUAACUCGUAACUUGAAAGACUACUGGUCUCAGCAACACAACUCGAGGAUACCAUUUUUCUAUGAGAUCUUUCGAAGAGCAAGAUUUCAACAAAUCUUUUGGAUGCUACAUCUACACGUAAACGUUUCAAACGACAAAAGCAUUACGACGAGAAUACAAAAGAUUGGUAAUUACUUAGACUACAUCGAUAAUAAAUUCAAAGAAUAUUUCGUUCCUGGGAAGGAGUUGUACGUCGACGAAUCGAUCGUAAAAUUUAAAGGAAGAAGUAGUUUCGUUACAUACAAUCCCAAAAAGCUAACAAAAUGGGGAAUUCGAAUUUACAUUUUAGUAGAUUCCAAUACUGGAUACAUAUAUUCAUUUUUACCAUAUUAUGGCAGCUACACUGUAGAGUCUCUAAUGCGAUCUGAGCUUCCCGUAACAUCGAGAAUCGUGCUGCAUUUAUACCAACAAGUAUUAAAUUUUAAUCCUGAAGCUCAAGGCUAUCAUAUAUUCACCGACAGAUCUUAUACAAAUUUAAUUCUGGCCCAGGAAUUAUUGAAAUUGAAAUGUUAUAUUACCGGAACGAUGCAGCCAAAGCGGAAGUAUGUUCCAGAGAUAAUAAAAGAACCAGAAUUUAAAGACAACAACGUCUUUGCUUGUCGAUCUGGGAACUUGUUACUAUUGGCAUGGAAAGAUAAAGAAGUAAUCACGAUGCUGAGCACUCUGCAUUCAUCCGAAAUGGAAUCGGUAAAUUCACGAGUGCACGGGGGUGUUAUCGUUCGUAAACAAAAACCAAGAAUGAUUAUCGAGUACGAUAAACAUAUGGGUUGCGCAGAUAAGAUAGAUCACAGCAAUUCUUAUACAUUUUUACGCAAAUCUCAUAAAUGGUGGAGGAAGCUGUUCUUUUGGGGAUUGGAGUUGUGUGCUAGAAACAGUUACAUUUUGUACAAGGAGUCUUUAAGAACGGAAGGUAAAACUCCAAUGGCACACUUGAUAUUCUUACGAAAAUUAGUAGACCAAUUAGUGGGCAGUUUUCGCGAUGGAUGUACAUCACGAGGCAGACCGUCUACUUCCGAUAAGGAAGAAAGGCUUAACGGAAAGCUUCAUAUACUUCGACGAAACGACAGAGGUCGAAGCAGAGAUUGCUUGGUGUGCUCUAAUAGGAGGGUUAAAGGUGGAAGACGAGAAUCGGCGUACCACUGUGAUACUUGUUCUCGGAAACCAGGACUUCACAUAGGGGACUGUUUCGAGAAGUAUCAUACUCAGGAAAAUUAUAAAACGCAAUACUUAAUAAAAUACGAUUAGAAGUGUCGCCUUUCAUUGGACAAUUUGAUUAAAUAAAAUUAAUUUUAUUCAACGACAAUGUUUCCCCUUUCCUGAGCGAAUAUAAUUCCUACCAACGGGGUACCCUCGUACCAAAGUAAAAUUUGUAAAGAGUUAGUUUCUCGUACGCAUGCGAUUUUUCAUUUGGAUAUCAUUACACAUCGUUAUCUAUUGUAAGGUUUUCAUUAUUCAAGCGUAUUCGUUAGUUAUAUUUUCUUUUCAUCAAAAUGAAUUAUCGUCAGAAUUACAUAAAGAACUUUGUUACUAAAUUGAAAAUUUGUAAAUCGAAUUUAGACUCGAAAUGUAAAAAGUUCCUACUUCCAUGUAUUCCAGGUGCAUUUAAUUAAUCAAUAAUCGUGUAAUUAAAAUCUAUUACCUUAAAUUUUGUAAUAUAGAUCUUUUUGCUCGGUUUAAUUACAUUUAAUGAUGUAAUAAAUAAAUAUUCAAGUAAUA